CAGACACUAGCAAGCCAGGCGCGGCCGCCGAGCCGCGCUUAAGCCAUAGACGUCACUGCGCACGCAAAUCGCUGCGGAGACAAGAAACUGUGUUGCUACUGACGCACUCAGGCCAACUCUUUGCUGUCCCGCGCCGCUCUGCAAGCCAAAGCUAUCUCUGGUCAAAACACCACUGUCCAGCAGAGGACCAGCAGAGGACCACCAUGAGCGACAAGCCCAAGGCCGACGCGGCCAAGGCGGACGCGAAGAAACCAGCGGUACAAAGCGGCGCGAAAACCGACGCGCGCGCGCCCAUGCAUGAUCGACGCGACAUCGACGCGGCGGCGACCCGCUCCCCCACGCAGGAAAAUAAACCAGCCGAGAAGCGCAAGCCCGACUACGAGGUCUACGAGGAGGAUGAUGAAUUUGAGGAAUUCGCCCAGGACAACUGGGACGCGGCCGCCGAGGACGCCGAGGACCCCAAGCUGUGGCAGGACGACUGGGACGACGACGACGUGGAUGAUGAUUUUUGCAGGCACCUGCGGGAGGAGCUCCAGAAGCCCGUCGAGAAGAAUUAAAUACUAGUAUUAUGAACC